AUCUUUAUGACAUUACCUUGACAAUUGAACUUUGUUACCGCAGUCAAAAACAAUGGGUUUUCUUGGUGCAUUACUUAAAUCCAGCCUGUUUUUGGUCUCUUUCCUGGGGGCCUUGUUCCUGCUGCCGGGUUUACCUCCCACCACCACUUUCCCCUUCAAAGAGUAUUUUAUAAAGCCAGCUAGAGAUCUGAAUGGAACGCUGGAGCUGAACAAUCACUUAAAUGGCGCCCGCCAGUUGUGGAAAGAUAAAAUAUUUGGACCCGAAUGCCUUAUAGUCCACGAGGACAAGAUUUACACAGGAAUUCACAGCGGCGAGGUUAUUCGACUAAACAAUGAGGAGUCGGUUCAACCUAUCACCAAGAUAGGUCAACAUUGUGAUUAUAUAUUUCACGAUGAGUUGUGCGGCUAUCCAGUGGGUUUAGCCCUGGACACCCAGGGAAACAAUCUUAUUGUAUCCGAUGCAUACUACGGCAUAUGGCAAGUCGACUUGAAAACGAAGAAGAAAACUGUGGUGGUGCCGGCGGAGCAGAUCCUUCCUGGCAAGGGUGCAAACCGUCGGGCUAAGCUGUUCAAUUCGCUGGCAGUUAGCCGCCAGGGUGACAUAUUCUGGACCGAUUCCUUUUCAGACGACUUUGUCUUGGCUGCGUUCGCCAACCCGUCGGGUCGACUUUUCAGGUACGAUCGUGUAAAGAAGACAAACGAGGUACUGCUCGAUGAGUUGUCCUUUGCCAACGGCUUGGCCUUAAGUCCCAGCGAGGAUUUCAUUGUCCUUGCCGAAACAACGGCCAUGCGGCUGAGAAAAUACUAUCUCAAAGGAUCUCGAGCCGGUGAAAGCGAAGUGUUUGUGGAAGGUUUGCCCGGCUGGCCGGAUAACCUCACUGCUGAUGAAGAGGGAAUCUGGGUGCCCCUGUCCGUGGCUUCAGAUAGUGAGAAUCCCAAUUUGUUCGAAGUAUUGGCGCCCUAUCCGAGGCUUAGAUCUUUUCUGGCCCGUUUGGUGGCUCUAAUGCGACUUCCCCUUCGAGUUCUGAACCAUAUAUAUCCAAAUGACAUUGCGGCUCGUCUUUUUCACUCCUUUAACGAUUUGGUCUUCAGGAACGCUCCCAAGCGUAGCACUGUGGUGCGUGUGGAUUGGAAUGGAAACAUUGUGAGAUCCCUGCAUGGGUUUGACAGAUCAGCUUCGGGCAUAUCCCACGUGCUGGAAGUUAAGGGUCACUUAUAUUUGGGAUCUCCUGUCAAUCACUAUGUUGCCAAAGUCAAAUUGCCCGAUGAGGGAUUGAAGUCUGUAAAAGGAAAUUAAAGAGAUUAGUUAUGUCAUUACGAUGGAUUCAAUGCGAUAUUUACCAUUACAAUUGUUUAUUGUUCUUAUUUAGAUGCAACUUAAUUUUAAGAACCUUUUGUUUUUUAUUAGUUUAUUGCACCAUAAAACUAUCAAAUCACAUCAACAUUUUGUAUUUUAUUAAUAAAAUUAAAACUCAAGGAACAAACCUUUAUGUUGAAUUAACAAGAAAUACAUGACUUUAAAUAAAAGAUAAAUAAAACUAUA